AUGAAUAAUUUAACGAUUCCAAAUCUCUUGGUGCCGCAAUCUCCAACGUCACAGUCUAUCACCGAUUCCUCUUCAAUGAUAUCCAACACGUCACCUUCCUCCCCUUCUUCAGUUGGUGGUGGUGGUGAGGACACCACCAAGGCCGUGAAAAGGAAAAGGUUAACACAAGCGUGCGACGCCUGUAGAAAGAAAAAAGUAAAAUGUAGCGGUGAGAAACCCAGUUGUCAGAAUUGUCAACGACUCAAAGUCGCUUGUACUUAUAUUCCUAGUACGAAAAAACGAGGGCCUAGAGUAGGUCUCGUGGAAAGUUUGGAGAAACGGCUUCAGCAAAUGGAGAAACUUUUACAACCGUUAAAAGAACAAGGACUCGUUGAUGACAUAGAAGAUAGAGAUAUUCCGUCAACUUCGACGAAAAGACCUAGACUCGCUUCGGCAAGCUCUAAACAUAAUGCUGACUCUCUUAAUGGAAGCCAAUCCCAACAGUUUGAUAAUUUAAACGCUGACAAUGCCAAACAAUUUCAAGCUCCUAAUGCUGAAUUUGCUAAUGUCAAUGUCGAUAUAAAAUCUUUUGGUGCAAUUUCCAAUUCAGGUCCCGAAGAUCAACCAAAGAACUUCAUGGAACUCCCUCCAUUAUUAACACCACAGUCUGGCUCUCCUAUAAGGCAAACUACACCUACAACACCAGUAUCAAGUCAAUGUCACAUUGCUGAGAAUAAAACACCACAGACAACACCUCCACAACAACCUCAACAACUAUCACCGCAAACCACCGGUCAAGCAACAUCAAAUGAGAAGGACCAUGAAUCUGAACUGGACGUUCUCUUAUACUUUGGAAGAACUGCUGCCAGACCUGGAUUCCGUACCUGCCGGGAAAUAUUUGGGGGUAUGAAUUAUACCAAUUCCAAUACACCCGCUCUCCAUGAUGCAUCAUCUGCUCUAUCCAAUAAUGCUUCCGCUUCCUUCACUUUUGGUUACUCUCGAGAAGUUAGUUCUGUUUUUUUCAGUCCUUCAAUUCCCCGAAUGAAGAACAAAGAAAAUUUACCACCAAAAGAUGUCAUCAUGCAUUUGGCCGAUUGCCAUUUCCAUUAUUCACAUACACAUAUGCCAAUGUUUCAUAAAGCAACUUUUUUACGUCGACUCGAAGAAAAUAAAGUUUCGCCAUUUCUAAUCUUUGCAUUGUGUGCUGCAAGCGCAAGAUUUUCGGACAGGCCGGGAAUCAUUCGUACUCCGCGUUCUGAGGCUGGCGAAGAAUAUGCAGAGUUCGCUAGUGAAAUGAUUUUGGAUAGUUUUGACGAGCCUACAGUCGAGCAUUGUCAAGCUUUAUUAUUGAUGGCUUGGCAUCAUUAUGGUUGUAAACGAGGACCAAGAUCAUGGAUGUAUGUGGGCUUAGCUAUUAGAAUGGCACAAGAAUUAGGCUUACAUAAAGAAUUCGAGGGUCCUGCGUUAGGCAGUUCUCAAAAAAUUGAUAGCGAAGCCGCAUUUAUUGACCGAGAAGUUAGACGUCGAACAUUUUGGUCCUGUUUUGUAGUUGACAGAUUCGCUGCUUGUGCACUUGGUCGUCCUGCAUUGAUCGAUGAAGCCGAUAUUGAAAUACGAUUACCAAUUCCGGACCGUGAUUGGGAUGAAGAGCAUCCGAGGGUGGUGGAUACAGAAUUUGGAGCGUUGAAAAAAGUUGAAAUCAAAAAGGCUGGCCGCAUGAUACUCGAAAAUAAGGGCUUAUUUGCUCUUUUAGUUAGUGUAGCGGCAUUGUUGGGGCGCGCAGCACAAAAUGUCAAUCGAUCAAAACCCAACGAAUCACUACCUCCAUGGGAUCCUCACUCAGAUUAUCACAUUUUAUUGAAUCAAAUGGAGAAUUGGUACAACGAUCUGUGUCCAAACAUGGUAUGGUCCAUUGAUAAGCUAAGAGAACAUCGCGAGUACAAUUUAGGAUCAGGAUACGUAUCAAUACAUUUAUUAUAUUAUGCAACUAUUGUAAUUCUAAACCGACCACAUGCCAGUACACCACAAAAUGACGUUCCAGUAGAUUUUAUGGAAAUUGCCGCAGAUCGUUGCAAAAAAGCUUCACGGGCAGUUUCGGAAAUUACACACCAACUUUUGUUAGCCGAUUGUUUUUAUGGGUGUCCUUUCUUGAUUUAUCCGGUCUUUGCUGCAUCGAUAAUUCAUAUCGACGAAGUGUGCAAAAAUUAUGGCGAAGAUUCUGAUGCAAAGAAAUAUUUAUGCUUAAAUUUACAAUUUUUGAAGGCGAUGCAAGAUUGGUGGGCGAUGGCCACAAAAGUGCAUUUUAUGUUGAAGGAAAUGUACAAAGACCAAAGCGAGAAAGAGUACCCAUCUAGAUAUCAUUCCGAUUUAGGAUUAAGGGAUUAUUGGAAUCGCCCAGAUUCACCGUCAAGACAGAGUCCAAAGAUUCUUGAUAGACGGGAAUUAGCAAUAACAACAACUGCUAAUGUCACACAACCCUUCUCUAUGCCAGACUCAAACUUCGGUAUCCAAUCAAUACUGCUGCCAAACGAUUUUAUGUCGUCCCGAAUUUUCCCGAAUGAAACCACAAGUAUACCAGAAUCAUGGUUUAGUAUGCUCAAAACUCCUUCCCCGCGUCUUCUUUUCCGGCCAAAUACAAAUAAGAAGGAUUUUACCGAAAAUGGAGAAUACAUUGGAGGCAACGAUUAUUUCUCACUUUACAAUGCCGAGAUGCCCACUGGGUUCUCGUACGAUGCAUUAUUAAACGAUGCCUUGAAUAAUGAUCAACUAUCAAUGAUACCGUUUGAUCUUCUUUCGCCUGGACGAGCAUCGCGAACAAAUACUGUGAAAUAUAUAAUGAAUGAAACAACUAUUAAUGCAAGUGAUGAACAAAUAUCUACAACUAGCAAUACCAAUAGUCAAGUUGCUCAGCAACAAUUUAACGAGCAAAAUACUUUCUCAUUAAUGUCUACUAUUGCGCCACCAUCAUCUCAAACUGUCCUAUAA